AGCUCUCUGCAACACGUUUUGGAGUGCGUCUCAACACAAGUAGUGGCAUUUGUGGAUGUAACACGGAAUACUGAUCAUUUCGGUGUUUGCUUACCUAGAUCGUAUAAAUGCUUAAGAAAACGCUAGGCUCGCCCAACGUGGACGCGUCGCGCAUUCUUGGGAAGGGACCGGAGUAUUUGAGGAGACAAAUUGAACGCGAGAGCGAGGGGAAUAAUGGGCGCGUUAGCGCCGUCGAGAGACUGGCGGCCAGUAAACCGCAAUACAUAAGGAGCCAACAACAAGUGGACGGUUCUGCUCAAGAGCCAGUGUCUGACUCUGAUGUGUUCUCAAACGUGCACAGUUCCGUUAAAAAAGCCACCAGUGUUGAUGCUGAGAAUGAACAGACGCGUCAAGAAGAGACCAAUGUGGUGAGACGAAUCAGCUCGAAAAAACGUGACUCGAUUUUGUUGUACAGGCAGAAAUGUGAACUCUUGAAAGGGACGCCCGGAGGAAGCAAGAGGUUAAUAAAAAAAUCGCUAUUCUCUCUUAAAGACAAGACAAACGCGUUUCCCGAGGCGCAAGGUGACAUCUGUGGGUUAGAUUAUAAGAAAGACAUCGCACUUUGCACCACGCGCAAAGACUGCGAAAACGACUCAAAUGCGUCAACGAAGUUUGACCCACUAGUAGCGCUUCCUCACAGGAGGGUCGCCGAAACUCGGGACCAGGAGCGAAAGAGCCGGAGGGGGGUGGCCCGCUCCAGCUCUGACAUCAGUUCACGCUACUCGAAAAACUUCGCAGACUUCGACGCGUUCUUUAGGUACUGCGGCCUCGAUGGUGACGUCAUUAUAUCCAUGGGCAAAGAUAACUUCUCCCUGCGCUCGGACGACCAAGGCUACAACAUUCGUAGCGUCAGCGUUUCGACCUCGGACGACGGGCUCUCGAGGAGCAGCGGACACAGCGACGGACGUCAAGAGGAAGAGUCGCAGGAGACAGUACGACAAGGGCCAUCUGUCAUAGAGCGCAACGCGCGCAUCAUCAAGUGGCUUUACAGCUGCAGAAAUGCAGCAGAGUCGGGAAAGGCUCUUCGAGAUCUGGAUUAGAGUUUUGGCCCUGGUUAUAGGUCCUUUAAUGUCAGGUGGUUGGGACAUGUCUUCAUGCAAAGUGCUAAAUCUUGGCGGUGUAAUUUUUGUUGUACACUCUUAAAAAUAAAGGGUUCUUAAGGGCUCUUUGUUUGACUGUAUGGUUCCAUAAAGAACCUGUUACAUCACACAACCAAUUUUUGCACAAAAGGUGUAAAAAAAACUUCUUCAACAGGCAAUUUUUACCUUUAUUGUAUUAGGAUGUCAUGAUUGUAUAUAUUAGGUGAAAUUUUUUUUCAGUAUGGGUUCCUGGGGAUCAAACCCAUGACUGUUGCAGUGUUCUACUUAUUACUUGAACAUUCAACUUUGUGUUAUUUGAAGAUGGACCUUGCAUUUUUGCUGUCACGUUAGUUUACAGAGACAUUCAACAUUUCACGUUUCUUUGAGCAUUGGAAUGCAGAAGAUAGCACCUGCCUUGAGAUACAGAAAGAUAUGGCCUCAAACAAACACUUUAGUUCAUUGUUGCGUAACAGAGGAAACGGUGCAGAAAAGCAUGUGUGUUCACACCCUGUUUGGGUGGGUAUAAUCUGUGCCAAUCUGUUUUAUCCGGACUACUGGCUGUAUCGCCAUAUCUUUCCUGACUCACUCUACCGUAAAAAUUUACUCACACAAUAACAUAAUGUUUAAGUAACCUGAUAUGGUGGGGAAAUGUUUGAGUCAAAAAUCCGGACACACUUAUACUUUGGAAAUCAUGUGGUGUUAGCUCUUAUUAUAUGUUUUAAUAUUAAAAGUAAAUAAAAACACUUGCAUAUUGUUCAAAAAUAUAAAAAAGUAUUUUGUUUAAUGACAAUAAAUGCAUAUUUAUAUCUACAAAUAAAA